UAUGUAUUAGUUAGUUCGAUGGCAUUCCAUAAAUUUCAUCAGUAUUAUUAAUAAUCAACUAUGAAAUAUUUGGCACAUGUGAUUGGUGAUCCUAUCUAUUAUCAUACAAAAUAGAACCUGAUAGUGAUGGAUGGUGACCCUUUUAACCAUUCAAUUCGAACAUAUGAAAUGACCUUUUCCUAUAUAUAUGAACAUAUGAAAUUGAAAAGCUUCAAGUCUCUAUAUAUGCAAUGACUUUUUCCUCCUAUACAUAUUCAUGUUCACACCCACCUUCUUGCUACACUACACCCCAUUGAUUAAUUUAUAUAACAAGAAACUGUGUCAAACAUUUGCAGUGAUCACAUAUACUUCCUAAGCCACCUUUUCUGAUAACAAAAACAAUGAUGGCUGAUCAUCAGAGAAUUUACCCAGCAAAUGACGUCGAGGCUCAAACCAAACCUACAGUUCCUUUGGUGACUCGAAACAUGGCAAAAUCUGAUAGAGGCAGUCCUUGGCAACAUGCUUACAGUCCACCUGUUCCGAAACGCCACUUUCCAGUGAGGCAUUCCAUGCCACCAAAGAAGAGAAGAAGUUGCUGCUGCAGAUUCCUGUGUUGGAUCUUCUGCAUAUUGCUGAUUCUUAUAAUUGCAAUUUCCAUCACCAUCGGGGUACUCUACCUUGCUUUUAGGCCAAAGCUUCCCAAAUACUCAGUAGACAGAUUGAGAAUAACACAGUUCAAUCUUUCUGAUAACAACAGUCUCUUUGUUACGUUCAACGUGACAAUAACUGCUAGAAACCCAAAUAAGAAGAUUGGAAUAAACUAUGUAGAUGGAAGCCAUAUAAGUGCUUGGUAUAAGGACACAGAACUGUGUGAAGGGUCUUUGCCGAAAUUCUAUCAGGGUCAUCGUAAUACAACCGUGCUUAAUCUGCCUUUAACAGGUCAAACACAGGAUGCAACUGGCUUAGUAAAUACGUUGCAGCAGCAGCUGCAAGAGGCGGGUAAUAUCCCACUUAAUAUUAAAGUCAAUCAGAAUGUGCGGGUUAAGCUUGGUAAGUUGAAGAUCUUUAGAGUCAAGUUUCGUGUUAGGUGCAGGCUUGUGGUGGAUAGCCUUGGUGCUGAUAAUGAUAUUAGUGUUUCAGACAGUAGCUGUAAGUUCAGGCUUAGGCUAUGAAUUCAUUUGUACUUAUUUAAUAGUAGAAUAUGUGCCAUAGUUAUAAAUAUUAAUCCUUGUUUUGUUCUUUUAUGGUUUCCUUCUGAUGAUUGAGAUUUUUAAUAAUAAGGGAAGGAGGAUCAGGUGUUCCAUCAGCCCUUUGAGAUACAGUUCUUGUACAUUGAUUCAAUUCUUUGAGCCACUUCUCACUCAUAUUAUGUAUAGUUAUAUGAUAUAUACUAUUUAUUCAAUCCCAAAUAUUGUUAGCUUUUUC